AUGACUAGUGUUAAGGACGUGGCCACUGGCUUAUCAUUGAAAGCUGCUUCUAUGCUUCUACUUAUGCAAGCAGAGGAAGUUUUUGAUACUGUCCAUGCUUUGAAAGAGAUGGGGAGGACAGCCAAAUGGCUUAGGAACUUGUUGACAGGGAAGAGAGACAGAGAAAAAGAGAAGGAAAAAUGUGGUACCAACCUGUGUUUGUUAAAUGGCACAACAGAAAAUCCAACCACUCCUGCUUCAACAACAACAACCCCCAAGGAGAAGAGAAGGUGGAGUUUCAGGAGAUCAUCGGCUUCCAGGGAACUGAAUCUUGCAGAAUCUGGUGUCACUGCUUCAGUGACAGUGCAAACUGCCACCACAUAUGCUGGGAAUGAUCAAAGGAAACAUGACAUGGUGGUCGCUAUGGCUCCUGCUACACCUGAUACUGCUAUCAUCUGCUUCACUCCAAAUUCCAAUAUAUCAUCAACAAGUAUUGAAGAGGUUGCAGCCGUUACAAUUCAGUCAGUGUUUCGGUCCUACUUGGCAAGAAAGGCACUUUGUGCUCUUAGAGGACUAGUUAAGUUGCAGGCACUGGUGAGGGGUCACUUGGUGAGAAAACAGGCCAGGGAGACACUGAGAUGCAUGCAGGCUUUGGUCAUAGCACAAGCCAGGGCUCGUGCUCAGAGGGCAAGGAUGGUGUCAGAAGGAAAGGUUGAUCAAAAGCUUUCACCCUACAGAAUAACCACAGAGGACAACUUCUUCAUGCAUAUGUAUAAUGUGAGUCCAAUAACAGCUGCCAACAAGCUUUCAAAUUGUAGAAUGAUGGAAAUGGACAGUGGUUUGGAGUUGGAAGAGAAUGCCAAGAUUGUUGAGAUGUCUGUCUAUGAACCAAAAGGUAACCCCAGAGGCAGAAACAGCACUGCGAAUCGCGAACUUCCUGAUCAUAGAUUUUCAGCAUAUUAUUCAUCAAAUGGUUCAUACUCAAAGGAGGAAAACUGCAAUGCAUCACCUGCACCAUCAACACUGACAGAAUUGAGUCCAAGAGCAUGCAGUGGUCAUUUUGAAGAGUGUUCCUUCAGCACAGCACAAAGUAGUCCCUAUUACUACUCAGCAGUGUCAAGAGUGGAUAACACAAAGCUACCUUUUGCCUUCCCUAAACCAGCCUACACAGAACCCAUGUCCUAUGACUACCCUUUGUUUCCAAACUACAUGGCCAACACAGAAUCAUCAAGGGCCAAAGCCAGAUCACAGAGUGCACCAAAAGCAAGGCCGGAUUCGUUCGAGAGGCAGCCAAGCCGGAGAAGGCCUUCCAUGGAAGGUAGAAAUGUCCCAAGACCAUUGAGGAUGCAGAGGUCAUCUUCACAUGUUGGUGUCACUGCCCAAAACUACCAAUAUCCUUGGUCAAUAAAGCUUGACAGGUCCAUAGUCAGUGAGUGUGGCUCUACAAGUACAAAUGAGUGA